AUGAAAACACUGAUGAUAAUAUUCACAGUUAUUUCUUUCCUAUUAAUUCACAUAGUAGAUACAGAUAUUCCAAGAGAUAUCAAUGAAAAAUAUAUUCGGAGUUACAAUCAAUGGCAACAUGUUAAAAAACUAUGGAAUAAUUCAUAUCAAUACACAAGCGGAAGAAGUUCAUGGACUGGGUAUAGGAGCAGUACAACAAUAUUCGUUCUAAAUGGAAAGGUGCGUGGCAGAGAGAGGGUAGAAAGUCGAAAUAUUAAAAUAUAGUUUAUAAUGAGACAUACUGCGUAGUUUUUCAUUGACACGUCGAUAUUUAGUAUUGAGUUGACUAGUUCGAAAGACAAAACAUAUUUUUAUAGAUUUUCCUAUCUGUUCUGUCUUAUGAUGUCAAAAAGUACUAGCGACCAGUUUUUGAACGGUUUUCUAUAAAGCCUUUAAAAAUUCACUUUAAAAAUUUUUGAAACACGUAGUAUGUGAAAAUAUAUGAAAAACUAGUUGUCAUAGGUGUCGAACGCUUGAAAUUGUUCUAGAAAAAUAUGAGCUCAAUGUUUAAUGUAGAAUCCUGAAAAAUCUCUGUUUUGUAAGAAACUGAUCAAAAUUUUGGUAAAAAUGAUCGAAAGAUACUUCAUUAGAUGUAGGUUUUUUUUUGUGCUAAUUCCGAAUCUAUUGUUACUUUUUGGUUAACAUUUAGGAAGUAAAAAUACUGUGAAAAACCUUAAACAAUAGGAUUCUUAGUAAAACUCAUUAGUCUAUGAGAAGAGAUCGCGCUAACUAUGACAAUGUAUCAUAGAGAAAACAACAUUUCUUGAUAGUAUCAUUUAAAAAAAGCGGCGCUUGACAUUAGAUAGUGCACUCACUCUACUGAAUAUCUAUCUUAGGAAAAUGCCUGUUAAAAAAAGAAUGGACAUUCAUUUCUCAUAGGAAAACCUUGAAAUUACUGUAGGUCUUUUUUUUUGUAUAAAUCGACAGUUUGGAAACUCUAUUUUCAAUUACCAGAAAAAUCGAUCCUUUUUCAAAUGGUUUGUAAAAUUGGUCAAAAAUUGCGAGUUACUUUUCUCGAUGACAUUAAAGUAUUUGUGUCAAAAUGUCAACACAGUUUAAUUGACUGCAAAUUGAAAACUAAGCUGAUCUCGAUGAUCAAUACUAUCGAUAACCAAUAUGUCGAUGUUUUUGCAAAUCUUCAAAGUUCAGUUUCCAAAAUUCAGAACAAAAUCAAUAUCUCGAAAAUGAACGUCGUUUAAAGCCAAUCUCUUGGGAUUCUUGCAGAUGACGUCGCGAAGCACGACUGCAGAGAAAAAAUGUACAAAAAUUGACAACUAGCAAAAAAUAUUUUUAAGUUUUAUCAACUUCGUUUAGCUAGGAUUGGAUUACAAAACCUUCAUUCGAGAUGGGCAAGAUUCUCAAUGAUUUUUAUGAUGAAUUAGAAAUUUUUUUUUCUAAUUUUUAUUUUUAUUUUCGAAUUGAUAAUAGGUUGUCGGGCGUGAGUUCAGUGCGUUUGAUCGUGGUCAACUACGUAAACAUUGGUUUGAGAAUAAGGAUCAAUUAUAUUCACAUGGUCAAACUUCGGGUGAAAUACAACUAGGAACACUGGAUAAUAUCUAUUCAGCAUGUUUACAAUCAUUAAAUGUAUCUAAUCCUAAUAGCCGCCAAAAAUAUGAUCUAACAUUUGAAGUAGACACAGCAAAUCAUGGUUUGUUGAAAUCUUGUGGACAUUAUCCAAUUGGCUGUGCAGAUGAUUGUUUCUUUGGUGUAUCAAUUGAUAAUUUGAAGUCCUAUCAACAACAUCAACCGAGUAAUAGUA